AUGGUCCCCAGGACAACCCAGGUCCUCCCUGUAAAACCACUGUGCCUUGAUGGAAGAGGGCAUUUCCAGGGGCACCCACCCACCAGCGCAUCCAUAGCUUCCACGGACAUGGGGCUGCUGCUGCAAGAUGAUGUUUUUGUUGACUUUUUCAACAUCUUUCUGAGCCUUCCUAUUUUUGGGCAGACACCCCUUUACAUCAGUGGCAUGGGCCGGUGGUGCCUGUGGCCAGAGCUGCCGAGCCACCUGGAUGCCAGUCCCGCGGCUUUGCUGGCUUGGUUGGAAAAGCAGCGUCUGCCUCACUUCUGCAAAUCCAGCCUGUGCCUGCACCUCGUCCUCUGCCAGAGGCUGCUGGCUUUCAUUCGCUCGGGGGAAGCAGCAGAGCUGCUGAACUGGCAGAGUGCUGACCAGUGGCUGCUGGAGAGGUGCAUCAGCGGGAGCCAGGGCAUGCGGCACCUCUGCGCCUUCCUCCGGGGAACUGCAGGGGAAGAACUGAUGGACUUCUGGCUCAUCACUGAGAGGCUCCUGGGUCUGGAUGAGUCGGAUGGGAGUCAGAGGGAGCUGUUCUUGUCCCUGGAGCACAGGCUGAGAGCCACUCAUCUGCGUGAAGGCUCCAGCGUCCUCACCUUCUGCACCACCAUCAUGGGGUCUCUUCCAAAAGCCAAGCACAUCCAGUCCAUCAGCACGAGGAGGGAGAUCCUAAGCAAGAUGCAGGAACAGGUCCUGUUCAUGAUUCAGAGUUACUGGCUCCCUAAAUUCCUCGAGCACUGCAAGAUGGGGAUGGAGGAAGAGGAAUUGUGCUGGCCUUUGCUGCAGGAAUGUCAGAAACGUUUGUCACAGGCUGGCUGGCAGCCCCCAGGCCUUGCAGAGCCCGUCCCCACCAUGCACAUCAAAAGGAGCCAGGGUGUGCCAGGGCCCUACUGCAGCCAGAAGGCCAAAGCAGAGGUCUGGGCUAUGGUCAAGGAAGGGAGAGACAGCCAAGAAUUGAAAAUGGCCACUUUUCAGGUGAAAGCAGAGAAGCAGCCAGGGCCAGCUGGGAGCAGGGAGGAAUUGUGGCUGGAUAAGAAUGCUGUGGGAUCAACUCCCCAGCAGUCACAGCAUCCUGCCUUUGGAGGCAGAGGAAGAGCAGCAUUUCCUGGCAGACCUCAGUCCAGUGCAAAGCAGGAUCUACAAAACCUCUGUAAGGUGAAAAUGCUCCCUGACCUGCUUCCCUCUGCAUCCCUUGCCCGGCUGCCAUCCCUGAAAAAGCCAAUCAAGACCCUGGAUUUCCUUCCCUGGGCCCUGAGUGCUGAGGCUUGUGCUGGAAGACCCUUCAGAGAUUUCCUGCAGCAUCAGAACAGACCCAUGGAGACUCUUCUCCUGGACCUGUGGCACGACCUGGAGGAGUUUCUGCCCGUGGUUCUGGACUCCGGCAGAGAAAACAGCUUCUCCCUGCGCCAUCUGAUUGGGGAGAAGAUCUGCAAGACCUACCUGGAGGACAGCAGCAUUGAGAAGCUGCCCUUGGAGACCAGGACCCUCGUGAGUUUGUGGAACCGUCUGACAUAUGGAGAAUUCUCCCCCUGGAUAUUCAGAGCCCAGAAGGAGAUUUGCAAGGUGCUCUGUGGCCUCUAUGAGGAAUUUCUGGCUGCUGACGACAGGACAUUCCUCCAGUUUAUGGCUCCAGGCAUGGAAGUCCCCAUGGCCAAGGUGCCAGGCCGUGCUGCUGGCAGAUGGGGACAUUUCCACCUGUCCCAGAGGAUGAACCAGGCCCUGCAGCUGAGCCAGGCCCUGCAUGGCACGAGGAGCUUGGAGGAGGUCUCCUCCAAGCACUGGCAAUUGCUUGCUGCUCGGGACCUGCAGAAAGGGGGCUCCAUCCAGGCAGAGAUGGAGCUGCUCCUGGGCAGCCAUGAAUCCCAGAGGAUGAUAGCAGAUGAGCUGGCUGUGAGCAGCCCCAGCAGGGAAGAGGAGCUCCUGCAGCUCACGAAGGCAGCACUCGAGUCACCACAGAGACACCCCGUGGAGGCUCCAGGGUCCAGGUGUCACCUCUGGCUGUCCCCUGGGGAAGAGGCCAGCCCUGUUUCUGUCCCCACAGCUGUUGCAUCUGAGAGGAUUGCUCGAGAGAAUGCUGCUGCUGCUGCAAGGAAGAGGGAAGCUAGAAAACGCAGGCUGGAGGAGGAGGGUGAGGAGUAUGAGGAGGAUGAGGAAGAUACGGAUGAGGAUGAAGAAGAGAAGGAAGGACCCUACUAUCAGAAGAAGAAGAAGCAGAAACAGAUGGAGAAGGAGAAAAAGUCAGGGAAGCAGAAAAAGACAGAGAAGCAGGAAAAGACAGGGAAGGAGAGAAGGACAGAGAAGGAGAAAAGGACAGAGAAGGAGAAAAAGACAGAGAAGGAGAAAAAACAGAAGCAGAGGAGGAAGGAUCAGCAGCAGGAGCAGCAGCAGGAUUUGUUGCCCUGGAACAAAAAGCCCAGGUCGAGGCGUCCUCGGUUUGUGCAGGAUGGGACAGGGGACCUCAAGACACCGAGGAUGGCAUGGGCCUGGGCUGCCAUCCGGGAGCUUGUCAGGAGCUUCUGCAAGUUCAGGAGGGACAUGAAGAAUCAAACACGCUGCGCAGAGUUUCAGGAUUUUCUCCGUCAGGAGCGAAGAAACAAGAGGGAAAAGGAGGAGGGAAGGAGAUCACCAGGCCAGAGGGAAGGUGUAGCUCACAGGGGUAGAAAGGGCCGCAGGAAAUUGCAUGCAGCUAAGGGAAGCCCAGAUAGGGUGAAGGAGCAAACCCAGUGCUGGGCAGCAGCACACAGCAUCUCUUCCCCUGCCUCAGACUUGCCUGUCAAGGAGAAGAAGACCAAAGGUCCUGCCAAGAGUCCUGCCAAGAGCCCCCGCAAGGGCAAGGGCAAAGGCAAGGGCCAGCAGCAGCAGGUGACGCUGAUCAAACGCCGCAUGUUGGACAAACAGAUCAUCAUCGUCAACUUCCUUGUGGAUGACCUCCGCUUUUACCUGGAGAUGGACAGGUUUUCCAAGCUGGCUGAUGGCAUGGAAGAUGCAGACCCCCAGAACACGGAGUCAGGAAACUACAGUUCCUUUCUCAAAAAGAAACUUGAGAUCAUCAGCAAACUUUUCCUGAACUCUGACAUCCCCCCCAAGCUGAGGGUGAACAUCUCUCAGAAAGAGAGGGAUUUCAUCUGGCGUUCAUCCUCCAAGGGGCCGCUGACCCGGGCCAUCUACCACAACGCCAAGGUCACCCUCUUCCCCAUCCUGAUGUUCUUCUGGAGAAGGUUCUGCACCUGGAAGGUGAUGAGGACCUUUCAGGCCUACCAAGGGCUCAGCAGGUUUGGGACCCCUGAGGAGGAGGAGGAGGAGGAGGAGAACUCUGAGUUCCCUGAUGAGGGGGACAGGAGCUCUCAGGAGCCCAAGGGAGGCAGGAGCUCCAAGGCCCAGCAGCAGGACAGGAGCUCCAAGGCCCAGCAGCAGGAGAGGAGCUCCAAGGCCCAACAGCAGGACAGGAGCUCCAAGGCCCAGCAGCAGGAGAGGAGCUCUCAGGAGCCCAAGGGAGGGAGGAGCUCCAAGGUCCAACAGGAGAAGAGCUCUCAGGAGCCCAAGGGAGGCAGGAGCUCCCGUGGCCGCAAGGAGGGCAAGGUUCCAGCCUCUGCACCUGCAAAAAGCCCCUCCAAAGCAGCCAAGAGCCCUGGCCCCAAGAAGCUGGAGGUCAUUGCCUCUACUACACAACAUGCUCCAGGUAAAAAGGCUCUCCUUUCCUACAACAUGUCAGAUGGCCUUGGGCUCCUGCUACCACGGCCCCCAAAGAAAACUGAGCCUCCAGAGGAGCAAAAAGCUGCAGACGCCAGUGGGGAGAAGAGGCCCUCGCUCACUGAGCCCGCCCUGCAGGCUGGGCCCUAA